AAAUUCAAAAGACAUUUAGAUGGAAAGGAGUUUGAUAUCUAUGCAGACGUUAGUUUGGCAACUUUAGAUAUUGUUUGUGAAUCAACUAUGGGAGCAAAAAUUGGAGCACAAACCAGCUCUGACUGUGGAUAUGUUAAUGCGGUUGAGGAGUAAGUUCGUUUUAGCAAAUUAACCCAUCAUCUACCACAAUAGAUAUACACAUAUAUAUGUACAUAGCAAAAAACCCACAAGCUUCACAUGUCAUUAUGUUAUAACUGCAGGACGACGCCUAGAUCUAGCAAGAAGUCAGUAUUAAGCAUGGAGAGUCCUGGGAGAAACAGUGAACGCAACAUGGAAAAGAUGGUAAACAACCUGCCAAGUGACGAGGCUCACUAAUAUUAUAAAUAAACGUGGAGUUAAUGUCUGGUACUGGAGUGAUUUGAUAUUCGGGAUAUUAGCUCCCAAAAUGAAGGAGCGCCAGGAUCAUCUUAUUAAAAUCCUCCAUAGCUUCACUGACAAUGUAAUAAUAAAGCGGCGGAAUGCGUUACUUCGGAAACAAAAGCCAGAGGAUGCUCCACCCCUAACAGAAGUUGACCUUGAUGCGAGAAAAAGAGCUGUUCUCCUUGACGUUCUUCUACAAUCAGCAAUUAAUGGGAAACCGCUUACAAAUGCUGAUAUUCGAGAAGAAGUAGACACUUUUAUAUUCGGGGGACAUGACACAGCAGCAACCACAGUGUCCUUCGCACUUUAUUGCUUAUCGCGUCAUCCAGAAGUGCAGAGCCAAGCAUUCCAAGAAAUAUGUGAAGUCAUAGGAACUGAUAAAAAUAAGCCGGUGACUUACAAGGAUUUACAGAAUUUGAAAUAUUUGGAAUGUAUUAUCAAAGAAACGUUGCGGCUGUACCCAAGUGGGCCAGUAAUAGGAAGACAAGCGCUGGAAGAUUCAAAAAUUGGUGAAUAUUCGAUACCAGCUGAUACAAAUAUUGUUGUUCCCAUUUACUUCAUGCUUCGAAAUCCUAGCUCAUUCCCCGAUCCUGAUAAAUUCAAUCCAGAUAGAUUUCUGGUAGAUUCCGUAGGAAAAAUCAACCCUUAUUGCUUUAUUCCAUUUAGUGCUGGACCUCGCCAUUGUAUUGAACAAAAGUACGCAAUGGUGGAAAUAAAGAGUUUACUUUCGACUAUCUUGAGAUAUUAUGAGCUGCUAUCAAUGGGAUCCGAGCCCAGACCAAUCAUGAACAUAGUGUUAAGGUCAACGAAUGGUGUCCAUAUUGGAAUAAAGGAGAGAAAACUUUAAUUGUCUUUUAACUGAUUAAAUAGUAAUAGUCUGUUGUGAAUAUAGUUUUUAGAUGUCAGUUGAAGUUUGAACGUAAAGCAAGUCAGAUGAGAGA